UUCACAUGACAGCGACUGUUUGCUUGAGCUUGAUCGCAUGCCGGCAAAACCACAUCGCUCCUGGUGAAUGCACUGCUGUGAGGGAAGCACUAGUGAUUCUCGUGGUGCUGGUGGGGAUCGAUUCGCGCGUCAGCAGGCCGCGCACAGUAGGACUGGCUGAGCUCGCACUUCGACAACCGUCCAACUUGCUCUACGCCUCGCGGCCACUGAUUUGCCCAACAUGGCGACCACAUCUGCCACACAACUGGAUGAACAGGUCUACACCUUCCCACCGCUCAUUGAGUGGUGGGUAAACACCAUGGGCCAGAAGGCUAUGGACGAGAACAUGAUCCAUCGUUACAUGAGCGAGUCGCCCUUCUUCGAGUGGAGCAGCAAGAACGGGCUGCUCUUCGAGCAAGGCAAGUUUCAUAGCCCGACUCACGACAUGUGCAACAACCGCAAGGCGCUGGAGGACAACUUGAGGGGAAGAGUAGGUCUCGAGUACAUGAUUGUCCAAGACCCACAGCCGGUAGCAGACAAGGAACUCGCUGCGCAAGGGGUCACCACGGGCGUCUAUGUGAUUCGCAAGCAAGAUCGCCAGCGAGCUCCAUCUGGAGCGCGAGUACGACCUCCUGGUGUGAUACUCGAAGGCAAUUGGGAGUUGACCGUACUGGGCACAUAUUAUACCAUGGGUCAGAAUGUAUAUCAAGCGCCGAACAUGUUUGAUGUAGUGGAAAACCGACUCCUCUCUGCUGCAAGCAGCCUCAACAAAUUCAUUGAUACUACAUCAAUACUGCCCAGGUACGCACCUGCGACCGGCUACACUUAUCUGCCACCUAGCCAACCAUCGAAGCGAAUCGGGACAGGCUCUAUAGCUGGGUCGCCGGCUGGGUCGCGAGAAGGCAGCGUCGUACCGGGCCUAGACUCGCAAUCGUUCCGUUCAGGAUCUCUGCUUCCGGACUCAAACGUGUCAACCUCCAAGGCAACUUCAGACCAUGAUCAAACUCGGCUCUUGGCAAGCUCAUUAGCCAUGUCCAUCAAGUAUGCGCACGACUACACUGAUGAAAAUCCGCUCGUGGGUGAGCCUGGGAAUUUCAAAUUUGCUAUGACAGAAGCUGCAGUGAAGAAGCGCGGGGCAGAGGAAGAAGCUGCAGCAGCAGAAGCUCGUGCGAAAAAAGAACUGGCGUCAAAUAGUCGCGGUGUCUCUCCGAGACAAGACAGUGCGUCUCCCAAGGCAGACAAGGCUGUUGCACCGGCUGCCUUUUCCACUGAGACCAAGCUGAAGGCCGAAGAAAAGCGCAAGAACAGCGCAUCCGGAGGGAAAAGGAAGAAAGACCGAAAGAAGGGCAUGAGCAGUGCGGGUCCUUCGCCCACCACUCCUGGUCCCAGUACUGCACCGACGCCGAAAGCCAGCUGAGCCAACAGACUUGCCGAUCAUCUCGACUUCUGUUGGGUAUUGUCUUGACAUCUGGCCUACCAAGAAUGUGUAUUUCGGCAUCAUCACACAAGCGGUCAAGGUCACCAUACACAUGAGCACAACGACCUGAACAGCAACUGAGCGCUGCGAACGCUAUGUUCCGUAUGAACCCUCCCGUUGUUGGCUUAAGAUCAUCACCGACACUUUUGGCGAGGGUCCGACGACAUCGUCUCCCGUCAGCAAGCGAGCAGAGUGUUGAGCAUCUAUGCCGCCGCUCUUAUUUACCAAUGUCGAAGGUUACCGACAAAGGUGGCACUCGGCAAGUGGGGAAAGAUCUUGCGAUCUGAGUCGCUGGCAAUUGGAAGGAAGCAGACCGAGCUUACACAACAGCCAGCUGAGAUAGGAUUGAUUAGGGUUUCGUCAUGUUAGCUCUUGGCGCAAUAUGAGGAUCAGAGCUAUAGGAGCCGUAAGCCUCGAGCAACAGCCGAAUCUCAGCUCCAUUACAAAGCAAUAGCCCAGAAGUAUCCCUUCUCCG